GUGCUGUUAAAUUACAUUAGAAAUCUCGUGACAGUCUUAUGAGUACAUAGAAAAAUGUAAAUAAAUCUUAUCUUGAAACGAAUAUGCCAUCGGACGUUGUAACUAUCGCUGUAUCGACAGGAAUCGGAGUAAGUGUAAUUGCAGGAGUACUUUCUGGUGUUUGCUAUGUGCUGGUCCAAGGCUUUGCACGAAAAAGAAGUCGAAAACCGUCGUUGCAGUGGUAUUGUGCUGUUUGUGGAAGUUAUCUUCGUUCAAGGUUAAAUGAAGAAAAAGUCAAAAUUGUGAUAUGUUCAGCAUGCGAAGAAAGAGUGUGCAAACAACGUUGCUCAAAAAGAAAUUAUGCCAAACAAGAGUGGAUAUGUUACACUUGUCUGAAACGACCCUCGAUAGUGCAAAAUAUUCGUAACGUUUUCUGCUUACCUUAUAAAAAUUUGAACUGGAUGAAGAAUAUGGUUUCUAAUCAAAGUGGGCAAACUGAAAAUAAAUUAGAAAAUGCCCAUGCACACUCUUAUCACGAAAAAGAAUAUGUGCGGGACUUUAUAGAGAAGUUAAUUUCUACUAUUAUAGGAGGGAGUGUAGAUGAAGCCAGUAUAUCCAGAGUUUAUAAUGACAAAAGUUAUGAUUCCUUCAUCGAAAAAUUCCACAGAGAUUUAAGCGAAGCCAUUACUAAUCUGAGUUCAGUUUUACAAAUUUCUAUGAAAAAUGCAUCGUUUACAGAACAGACACCAUCUUCAGCCCACACCAGUUUAAAGCUUUUAAUUGAAAAAAUUUUACGUGAAGCGACACGGCUGCCUCGCUUUCGUAAGCCAGUAAAUCAUACUGUAGCGACAGAAGAACGAACGUAUGAAGAUCUAUUGGCAACUGCCAUUUUAAAUAAGAUAAUUAAUAAACAAGAAAAUUAUCUGUCCUGGUCGUCCGAAGCCAGUACCUCAGACGAUAAAAUCAGUAAGCAAAAGUAUGUGGAAGACACAACAGAAGACAGUAAAUGGAGACAGCUAGAUUCAACUUCCAUUUCAAGUAUAGACGACUACUUAUACAGUGAUUCUAGUCAUGGUUCAUCUAAAUACGUUGAUCGCAUAUCUUUGACGAUUAAACAACGAAUUGAAGAAAUUCCGUCUAAAGUGGAACGUGAGGUUGAGGAUGAUGAGGUGGAUUAUUCCUAUGAAAAUUACUCUUCUGGAUUAAAUAACGAUCAACAUAACUGGUAUUUACAGAAACCUCAAAUUUAUGAGACAAAUUCACCCGUGCCUGUACCUAUGUUGGUACCGAACUCAUUAACGUCUGCUAAAGUUUUGAUAGGUGAUAAAGAAGUCGAUGAUACCUCAGAUUUAUCUGAUGCAAACUCUGAUGACGUCAAUGUAAAUUCUCAAAUUCAAGAAUUGAUAGUUGAUUCAGCAGUAAAAAAAAUCCUCUCAGAAGAAGAAACAUCCUUUGAUUCAGGUGUUCGAGAAGAUAGAGACGACUAUAAUGAAAUCAUUACCAUUAAUUGGGAUGAUAUCAGUGAAAAUUUAGAGGACGUUUCGUUAAUUUCUGCAUUCAGUGCCGAAAAAGAUGCAGAAUAUUUAGAAAAAUUUUCGUCUCUCCCAACCACACUGUACAGAAGAUCAGUAACAAACUCACAGCAGGUACCAUCGUCACUGGGGCUGGAACACUCUCAUAUCGAUAAUCAAAUUGCACAAGAACCGCUGAAAGAUCCAAGCAGGAAUAAAACUGAUUUGUCAGUUUUUCAAGGAAGUUACAGCCAAAAAGACAAAGAAAAAUGGAAUCAUCCUGUUACCAUUCCAAACAAUCCAUAUUCAUCAGAGAAUAUUCAAAAAAGGAUUGAAACAAAUCAGAGAUAUGGAAGAGACUAUUAUACCAAGCAAGCUGGUUUACCGUCAGGAAGAACAAAACCUGAUGAGAAUGACAACUUUUCUUGGACACCUUAUGAAGGCUCAUUACACCGUGCUGAUCCAGUAGCAAUAACAGACGAUGAAGAAGAAACCAUGAAAAACAAUCUCGACUGGAACGUAAAUGAUCAACAACCUGAAGAUAGCUCCGAUUUAAGCAUUGUUCAAUGUUAUAAUGUCCAAAAUUCUAAAAUAUAUUAUGAACCCUCUCAUGAUAAUAAAACAAAAUAUGAAGUUCAGGUUAAUAAAAAGGAAAUUGUGUCUCCUGAAUUAGAUAAUUUUCAAGAUAAUGAACGUACUUUAGAAAUUCAGGUUAAUAAAAAAGAAAUUGUUGCUGCUGAGUUAGACUUUAUUACUUAUAGUAAUACAAAUUCUAACGUAGAUUUUGGGAAGAAUUUAGUAAAAGAACCAAUUGCCGCAUUUAAUGGUAACAUGGACAAAGAAAGUGAAAAAGAAUAUGAAGCUAAAGUUAUUUCUUCCCCAAAAAUUAGCAACAAUUUACCCAGCGCUCCAAGAAAAAAUGAAGAAAAUCAAGACAACCGAACUUUAUUUGUUUCUUCUAAAAAAUCGGACAAUACUUGGAUAAAGAAAAUUUACUCAAAUCCAGUCGUUCGUAAUUUUGCACUAACAAAUCGAGACCAUGUUCCAUGGAUAACGGACGAAGGAGGCAGCAAAACAAAAAAUAAAUCCCCAGAAGAUGAAAGAAAUAACACAGUAGCAUCAAGUUCAGGAGUAAAGAUCGUAGAGUCUAUAACGGAUAAUUCUGUAGAUCUUUCUGAAAGUAAUAACUUGGAAAAAGAUACAAAUAAUCAUGACAAGGAGGAAUUAUCGGCGACACAUAAUUUUAGCCUGGAGUUUUCUGAUAGUGACUGGGGUAAAGAAGAAUCCGUGACGACAUACGAUAAUGACUGUAAUGAGUUAAAAGAGAGACGUCUUGUUGCUAACAGGUUGGGUGAAUUUUCAAAAGCGUUUCCAAACUUAAUGAAGACACGUUCAGUUAGUACUCAUCAGCUCAAACGAAACGUGAGAACUCUUUUAAGUGAAGAUAUAGAACAAAAACAAGUGGAAAGCACAGAGUCAUAUGAAGGAUUGAUUUCUGUUAAAGACCUAAAGAAACUUUUUGAAAAAAAUGAAAUUGUUCAGCAGAACAAGAAUAAACCAGUGCAUAGUCUAACAGCAAGGAGUAUUUCAAAGGAAGUAAAACAAAAAUUAAGUAAUUACGAUAACAAUUAAUCAUGUGAUAAUUUUAAAAUGUACAUACAACAAUCAAUCACCUUGUUAUCAAAACAA